GCCCGCGGGCGCGGAGCGGGGACGCGGGGAGCGGCGGUCCGCGGCGGCUGCAGAGGGCGGGAGGCGGGCGGCGGAGGAGGAGGAGGAGCAGGGGGAGGCGCGGGAUAAAGGAGCGCUCGCCGCUGCCGCUCGUUCUCCGGCGGGGCUGAGGGAAGCAUCAUGGCCGCGAAGUCGGACGGGCGGCGGAAGAUGAAGAAGGGCGGCGAGGUAGCGUUCACGCCGCUGCAGAACUCCGAACACUCGGGCUCCGUGCAGGCGCUGGCCCCGGGGCUGCCCGCGGGCGCCGGGCCGGGCGGCGGCAGCGACGACGACGAGGCGCCCGGGGGCGGGUGCUGCAGCGGCGGCGGCGGGGACGGCUCGGGCGGCGGCUCUCGCUGCUGCUGCUGUUGCUGCUGCGGCGGCGGCAGAGGAGGAGAAGGAGGGGGCGGCGGCGGGGGCUCGCGGGGCUCGGGCGGGGGCUCGUCCUCGCUGUGCCUGCGGCUGGGCAGGGAGCAGCGGCGCUACUCGCUGUGGGACUGCCUCUGGAUCCUGGCCGCGCUGGCCGUGUACUUCGCGGACGUGGGCACCGACAUCUGGCUGGCGGCCGACUACUACCUGCGGGGCCAGCGCUGGUGGUUCGGGCUCACCCUCUUCUUCGUGUUGCUGGGCUCCCUCUCCGUGCAGGUGUUCAGCUUCCGCUGGUUCGCGCACGACUUCGGCGCGGAGGACGGCGCGGCCGCCGCCGCCGCCGCCGGGCAGUGCCCCGCGGCCGAGAGCAAACUGCUGGUGAGCAGCAGCUCGGCUGCCGCGGACAUCGACGCCGCCCGGCCCUGCACGCCGCAGCGGCAGGCGUCCACUGCCAGCAAGGGCAACGCCAACAGCAGCAGCAGCGGCAGCAGCGGCCCCGCCGGAGGCGGCCCCUCCAGCAGCAGCCGCGCCGGCAGCGGCAGGUCGGCGUCGUGCGCCUUCUGCAUCUGGCUCCUGCAGACCCUCGUCCACAUCCUGCAGCUGGGGCAGGUCUGGAGGUAUUUCCACACUAUAUACUUGGGUAUCCGGAGUCGACAGAGUGGAGAGAAUGACAGAUGGCGGUUUUAUUGGAAAAUGGUGUAUGAGUAUGCAGAUGUGAGUAUGCUGCAUUUGCUAGCCACGUUUCUGGAAAGUGCACCACAGCUGGUCCUGCAGCUCUGUAUUGUUGUACAGACCCGUACGCUCCAGGCUCUCCAAGGUCUUACUGCUGCAGCAUCUCUCGUAUCCCUAGCUUGGGCUCUGGCUUCCUACCAGAAGGCCCUCCGUGACUCCCGUGAUGACAAGAAACCCAUCAGUUAUAUGGCUGUUAUAAUCCAGUUUUGCUGGCAUUUCUUCACCAUUGCAGCAAGGGUCAUUACUUUUGCUCUCUUUGCCUCGGUUUUCCAGCUGUACUUUGGGAUCUUCAUUGUGCUCCAUUGGUGCAUCAUGACCUUCUGGAUCGUCCACUGCGAGACAGAGUUUUGCAUCACGAAAUGGGAGGAGAUAGUUUUUGACAUGGUUGUUGGAAUAAUCUAUAUCUUCAGCUGGUUCAAUGUCAAGGAAGGAAGGACACGCUGUAGGCUUUUCAUUUACUAUUUUGUGAUCCUUUUGGAAAACACCGCCUUGAGUGCUCUCUGGUAUCUCUACAAGGCCCCACCAAUCUCCGAUGCAUUUGCCAUACCAGCACUGUGUGUGGUGUUCAGCAGCUUUUUAACAGGCAUUGUUUUUAUGCUGAUGUACUAUGCCUUCUUUCAUCCCAACGGACCAAGGUUUGGGCAGUCGCCAAGCUGUGCUUGUGAGGACCCUGCGGCUGCCUUUACCCUGCCCACAGAAGUGGCAACAAACACUCUCCGGUCCAUCUCCAACAACCGGAGUGUGACGAGCGAGCGGGAUCAAAAAUUCGCAGAGCGGGACGGGUGUGUGCCUGUGUUCCAGGUGAGGCCCACUGCUCCGUCCACACCUUCAUCCCGCCCCCCCCGGAUCGAGGAGUCGGUCAUUAAGAUCGAUCUGUUCAGGAACAGGUACCCAGCCUGGGAGAGACACGUGUUGGACAGGAGCCUGAGGAAGGCGAUCCUAGCGUUUGAAUGUUCCCCUGCUCCUCCACGGCUACAGUAUAAAGAUGAUGCCCUCAUCCAGGAGCGCUUGGAAUAUGAAACCACGUUAUAAACAAAGCAAAAACGCAGCUUGGAGAAGCUUUGGCAUUGCAGUCCAAGUUAAGGAUUGAUGGGAGGGCUGUAGGAAUAACUAAACUGUGUACUACCAUUAGAGCAGCAAGCUGUAGUGUUCUUAGUCUGGCUACCAUCAUGAUUAUCAUUUGAUCCACUGUGUGCAGUCCAUCUGCAGGACACUGGUACAACAACAUCACCUGAAAGCCUCAAAAAAUAAACAAAAAAAAAAACCACAACUAACCCACACAUACUGAUCAGUUACUGGGAAAACUCACCCAUGACUCCUUGCUGCUAUGAAACUCGGACUGCACGGUACUCACAAGCAAACCAACAGGGGGGCUCUGACCAGAGCCUUCAACUUUAGCCAGUAGUGCAUUUUAUUUUAGAAAUGAAUGAUUGAUAUUUGCAUAAUCAAAGGUGAAAACAAGCAAAGAAAAAUCCUCUCAAAAAUAACAAAACUGUAGCAUACAAGGUUGCCAUUAUUAAAACUGGUUUCUGGGGGAAAAUAGGAGCAUAGUAGUCUUCAGCGUCCCAUAAGUAGAUCAUUCAGGUUAGGCUAGGUUUGCAAAAUAGUUCUUAAUUAAAAAGAUACAUCAUCAUGUUAGCAAGGUUAUAAAUGGAAGAUAACUCUGAUUACAUAGCUCACAAACAUUGACACCACCAGAACUGUUUGUUUUCUGUGGAAUUUCAAAGUCUUUUUAAUUGCAAUUUAAGUCCUUUGUGUUGCUGUCAACAGAAAUCCUAUGCAGCUCACUUCUGGUUUUCAGGAGAAAUAAGGAGCUCCAGCACGUAGUGAUGUAAAUUAAAUGAUAAUCAUGAUUCAGUGUUCAAUUUGCAAAAAAUAUAUAUAUAUAUGUAUGUAAAAGAACAGGGAAGUAUAGUUUUCAUAUUCUAAAGUUUUUUGGAGGACCCCAUUCAGAUAUUUCAGGAGGAACUACAAGGAGAUGAACGCACUGAAACUUCUCUCUGUUUCAGAACUGGGAAUGCAUGAUUCACUGUGUGAAUGUAUGCAGGGGUGACAAGAGACUGUGACAUGCCAUACCCUUCUAGUGCCAAACAUUGUGUAGCUGCAAGAUUGACAUUGCCCGAGGGACAGAUCACGAGUGGCAUGAACCCUACGAGACCAAGAAGCAGGAAAGACCAAUCCAGUUCUCAACAUGUCGAGACAGCUCCGAUUUUUCCCACCCAAGGUGAAAGUGAUGUCUUUUAAAGGCUUUCAGCCACCUCUUAGUAAGUAUAUUCAGUGAAGUGUGAUAUUACCAAGCUGUGUGAAAGACCCUCUUCUGCCUGUUCAAGACUUGCUCCAGAUAUAUCUAAAAAUUACACUGUAAUACAGAGUGCUUUUGCUACAAGCUUUUGGGUAUGAAAUACCUCCCUAAAUCUAGUCAACGGUAUCCUUCUUUAUGUUAAAAGUAUCCCCUGAUGGUGCUUUCAGAUGCAUUAAAGGUGCAAGUCAAAAUUUGAUAGUAUUUUUUUUAAAGCUGGUGCAGAGUGAAAAACUCAUGAAUUAUUUCAAUAUUUUUGUAAAGUACAAAUAUGGUAUAAAAAGGUUACUUUUUAUAAACCUCAAAUCUUUUAAUACAUUUCAUUCUCUUUAUAGCUUAGAUUUUAAGAAUUGGUCCAUGAAUUUUAUCAGCUAGAUUCUGCAGGUUGAUACAAACCUGGUUUUCACACAUUAUGGAUUUGUUUUGCAGUGUAAUGCGAUAUGAAAGCCUACAUGGGUACUUUUAGAAUACACCAUAAACUGCAGAUCCUGCUUCAGGUAUAAGUGGUUUGUAAAGAGACCAAGCGAUUCCAUAAGAAACAAUUUGCUAAAACUAUUUCCAUCCGUUCUAGGAGAGUGAAGCAGAACUGAAGAGUUACUUUUUUAAAUGGCAUUGUCAGGAUGGAGAAGACCUGAUGAUUGGUAUUUUAAUCUUCAUGUCAGGUAUAUUCAGUGUAGUCACUGCUGUAUAUGCUGCUGGGUAAAUUUCAGUCUUUCCUGUUAUUAAUAUUUGUACUAUGAAAUGGCAGAGGUUACACACCUUUGUUUGUUUGUAUGCGUUCGAUUCGCCAUUUUUAAUGUUGACUUUUUUUAUUAGAGAAAUGUUCAAUAUCUGUUGAUCUUCGCUGGGGCAAGUUCCUCAAAGCAAAAUAUCUAUCUGUGGAAGUGCAGGAACCUGCAAGCCAGAAGGAAAGUUGCACAGAUCAGAAAACACCCAUCCUUGAAGGGUUUCUUAGGUAUUUUCAAAUUAAGCAGUGGCCAGCUGCCUCGAUAAUCGUUUUUAAAUAAAAAAGUUCUUUGAUAGUCCAAACCCAAAGCUUUGUACAAAGUGAUUGCCCUUCCCUCCGUGCAGACAUAGGUGCUUCUUUGGUAACUCAGUAACGUUAGUGUCAGCGGGGCACAGCGGGCAGUGCUCCCCAACUGCGUGGGCUGUCCUGGGGAGAGGGACAACAUCCCAGCUAUCAGCAGGCCUGGCCCUCUUUUGAUGGCCUUCUCAUACCACAUCACUGUUACUCGGAGCUGUGAGCCCUUUGGUCAGGGCUGACGGUGCUGAAGAAACAGUACAGGUUGCAAAAGGUUAUGGUCUGGACCAGUGCUUGCGUUGCAAGGUUUCUGAAGAGGGUGAGCAGUGGGUAUAUUUAAUUUUCCCUCUGGUUUUGGAAGAAAAGCUACAGAGAUGUUAUUUUUUCAUUGUUUGUAUCUACCAGUUAAUUUCCUUACCCUCCCAUCAUUUUUAGUAUGUUUUUAAUAGAGCUUGUAAAUUCAUUUCAAGUAAACUAUGGCAGGUUCUGAGUGCACGGUGCCAUACUUGACAUUAUGUACACACAGAGGCAGUAUGUGUACUCCGCUGCCUUCUGAAUUCAGGCUGGGUGUUUCAGGAGUAAGGAGAAGUCAUUUUAUUCUGAGUCAAAGUCUGCUCUCCGCAAUCCUGCUCUGUUAUGUUUGUAACAUCAGUGAUACUUGUGCUGAGAACAGGAUGGCCAUUGAAACCUUAAUGCUCAGAUGACUACAUGGACAAUUUUAUUAGUCUGCUUUGCUGUGAACCGUCACCAUAAAAGCUGUAAGAAUUUUUUAUACAACUUGUCAAAAUUAAAUAUAGUCCACAUUUAAAUCCCAUGAUGGCCUUACGGACAGUAAAUAAUCAAUAUGCACUAUUCUUUUUAAUGCAAACUGUUUUAAGGUCUAUCAAUAGAGUUCAGUGAAGACAGCAAUAGCAAAAAAAAAAAAAUCCAGAAAAGUAAAAAAAAAAAAAUCUUCUGCUUUUAAAAUAAAAAAUCAGGUCUUUUAAAUUCUAUUGCAGAAUAACAGGAAAAUAAAAACGUUCAUAAUUACAUUCUGGUGAAGAAAGUGAUCACAUCUCUUUGUUAGAAGGAAGUGUCACGUAAGCAUUGUCCUGAGGAAUCAAACCGAUUUGCCAGCAAAUUUCAAGGUAACUUAUCUUGGUCCCAACAUUUUGAGAGCUGUGGAUUUGUGUGUUACAGAAAAGGCAAUUUAAGUAGUAUUCACUGCUCUGAAGGAAAAGAAUGCAUACCCAUGUUCAUUCAAAAAAUGUAAGAAAAUGUAAGAUAAACUUUCUGUCUUAUUUUAAAAGAAGUGUUAUUUACUCUAUAGUAAGAUAGUCUUCUAAUAAUAUUUGAAAAAUGUGCAAUACUUUUUUUUAAUGCAGUUUUAAUAAUGAUAAAAAUCAUUUUCAGUUCUCUUUGUGUCAGCUAAAAAUGCUUCUUGUGCUAGAACGGUGUUUCUGUGCUUGGGUUAUUGGGCUUGGUGGCAUAUAAAUACUAUUUUCAUUGGCAAAUUAACAAAUUUUGUACUAAUUAAUUUAUGUAGCAUUGAGAUUAGGGAAAAUAUUCCUUCCAAACAUUAAAUGCUAGACUUUAGCUGUCUGAUUUUGUAAAAUUUUAAGCAGACGAAGAAAAUCUAAAAAUUUUUGUGGACUUGCAAUUUUUAAUACGUGGUGAAUAUCUAAUUAACCCAUUUUUUAAAAGGUAUGUGGUAAUCUCAUCAAUAUACCAUGAUCUCCCCAAAAGAGCAAUUAAUGAGUGGUAUUAAAAGCAUGACUGGUGCUAUUUUUGGAAAGGGACUCCUACUCUACCUAAAAGCCAACAUAUUCAUUUACUUUUGACUGGCCUGCAAGUAUUCACAACUAGCCUGUUGUAUAAUCCUUCGUCCAGUAAUUAGAAUUAUUUCUGAAUUGAACAUCCAAUUUCGUAAAAGCCUUAAAAAUGGCACCGUACUCAGUUUUAGUUAACUCUGCCAGUGACCCAGCUCCAAAAGCCACCAUCCUUUCUCCACUUAGCCCAUGACAUCACGCAGCCCAGAGAAGCUGAGAUGCUGUGGUUUACUCUGCACCACCUGCACUGCCUGCAUAAUGCCAAGGAAAAGCCCCCGGCGGAGUGCUGGGGUCCUACUGCUGCCUCUCUUGCUCCUGUGCGUGGUGGGAAUUGGAGUGAAUCACAUUUGUGCAUCCAGCUAAACAGGCUUUUUUUAGGUUGAGUUCAUACAAUGGUGCGUAGUGAAAAUAAUCACAACACGUGUCCCCGAAUUUACAAGCUCAACACUAAUUACUAGUUCUGCAGCGCAACAAUGCCGAAUGGGGGAAGAAUUGUCUAAAUAGACAAUAAGCCAUUUAAUUUUUCUAAUUGUAGCAAUUAGGCUAGCUCUCAUGAAGCCCAUGCUCUCAGCGGAAAGCCAAAUGGAGUAGUGGCACGCAGCCAUUUGUAUGGCAGGGACAUUACGCUGUGUAGCCUUCCCUUGACUGUUUCUAGAGCUAGGUCUUUUCAUUACGGCAUUGAAUCCAUUCCUUUUCAUCCUGAUAAAAGUACAAAAUGAUUACAGGUUGUUUAAAUCUGUGAAUUAAAAAGAAAUGCAGUAGAUUACUGCAGUACACUGAUAGUGAUUUUUUGAAACAAGUUUAUCCAUCCUUUUCACUUGGCUGCAGACUACUGAGUGAUCUGCAUCCAAGAGGAUUUCUCACAUCUGAUCUGAGCAGAUGAUUUCAUUACAGGAGAGAUGGAGGUGACCUCACAAAGCCCUGCUUGCACCAGGUUGGAGAAAUGUGUCACUGGUUCACGGAUCACUUUCAAAGCUCUUUUAGCAUGUGAGCGGUCCACUGGUUUUGUUUGUAAGCUUGCUUUACCACAAUGACCUCACUGCAGGUGUUUGUUAGGAUUUCUUCAGAAAAACCUUGAGUGAAUAAUUUAAUGUACUCUGAGCUUAGUGCUACCAUAGUGUGAGUCAAAUCAGUUCUUUCUUCCUUACUUAAAACAUUGAUUAAUAUAUCCAUUUUGACUGAAUUGCCAUUUUGUGAUCAUUUUAAGAAUACUUAGAAAAAUGUCUAUGAAACCCCACUUGUUUCCAGUGAUCCCUAUACAAACCGACUGCUGACCAGUACCUUCACUAAAAGGAACCUUUCCUAAACACAGCUUGGCUCCAGCACUUACAUUCUGUUCUGAACGCUUUGCAUCUAAUUCUUAUGCAGAGAGUGAUAUAUACUCAUUAGUAAGCCACGUCCCUACUCUGAAUCCUGGAGCAGAAAGGACCGAUAAGCGAGAUGCAGGGAAAAAGGCCUCUUCAGCACAUUUACGGGGUGAUUUGCAUGAGUUAGACAUGGAAGAGAGAAGCUUGCAUAUGAUUACAGUGGAGCUAUAGAUGCUGUAUGAACUGAUAGACAUUUCCAAUUAAUUCUGAGAUAAGUAACCAGCUAAUAUUAAUAUCAAAUCAAAAACUCCACAUGCAAAGCACUGAAAAAAAAAAAAAAAAGCAACAAAACACUUUAAAACCAACUCAAAACUCUCAUUUCCAGGAAUAGCUGGGAGAAGCUUAAAAAUUGAAUGGAUUUUUCAAUGUAGAAAGACUCUACAUUCAUAGAAACACAGAUAUGACUGCUAUAGGUACAAACUUUUUCUCUACCUGUAGGUUGCACUCUCGUAUUUCAUGUAUCUUUGGAAGCAGUUGCUUCUAGACCUCAUUUCUGUGUAUGCUGUAGCCCUAGUCAUGACAGCAGCUUUUCUACAAGUGGAAUCAGUUCUUGUUGGAAUCAGUUCACCCCUAAGUGAUUUCCCAACUGUAGAGAAGCUGCUUGUUGAACGUCUAGAAGAGCCCUCACAGAGGUAGUGUGGUGUCAAGGCAAGAUGCAGUCAGGGUUGAGUGCCACGAGCCCAAUGGAGCAGGGGCUGGAUGUAGUGCACCAAUCCCUGCUCACCCUAGAUGCCAAAGAGCCCACCCAGAGGAGAACCACAUGGAGUACACGGUGGGGUCAACAAGGUACACCGUGGGCCUCAGGCUAAUGUUGUGAUCUUCCAAGUUGCACAAGCCAGGAGCUCCUGCAUAUUAUUUAUGUGGAAGGUUCAGGCACCUACCAUUUUGUUCCUGGCCUUGGUCAGGAGCACCUCAGUCUUCAUAGCACAUAGCAGCACAACUCCUGUCUACGCCUGCCAAGAUCCCCCAAGCUGGUAUUUCUCUGCCCAUCCUACCUGAAGGGCAGGGUCCUCUGGGUGCUAUCGGAUGGAGUUUUGCACAGAAAUACCCAUGACUGCUUCUCCUGCAGGAGACUUCCGGCAAGCAGAGACCGCAGGGAGAGCCAGGCUCAGUUCUCUCUUCAGCUAACAGUGAUCCAUAUCUCCAGCUACUACCUCUCAGGGGAAGGCUAUAGGGCUGCUCGCUACUGAGGAGAAGGGCAUGCUUGCUUUCUCUUCUUUUGAGGCUGUUGUCCCUUGCUGUGAAAGACUUCAAGGUUAUGCUGUGCAGUGUAGACAUAUUUUUGAUGUAUUGUGUCCCCUUAGUGAGGAGGACUCUAAGAUUGCCACACAUAUCCAGUGCUAUUGCACAUGUCCAGCCAGAGUAGUGUCUACAAUAAAACUCUGGGGCAGAUGCAAAACCAACCAGACCAAAAGCUGUAUGAACAUGUUUAGCACUGUGACAAGCCUGAAUCUCUGCACGCUGCCUUCAGCCUGGUCUGUUAGUGCAGUGUGCUACCCCAGCCACGUCCACCUGGUUUGCUGUCAGAGCUCAGGCAGACUGCAUGUGUGCACGAGAGCUGCACCACACAGCCAUAUCCACAGCUUUCUGAGCCCACGGUGCACUCCUUGUGUAUACACUUAGUCCUGAGAUUCUAUUAGGAUUUAAUCUUAUAGUUCAUUUAAAUUCUAUAACUAAAGAGAAAUCAUCAGGAGUGUCAUCAUUGUUAAGGGUAAUCAAGCGAUAACUGCGAAAGGAAAACCACAUUAUUGAAAAACACAUUCCAGUCAUUAUUGGAGACAGCUUUGAGAUGCAUUGUGUCAGUAACUUAAUGAAAAGUUGUGGAGGAAAAAUGUUUAAUGCUACAUUUCAUUAAUCAUGGUUAGUUGAGGAAAAAAAAAAUCAUAUAGGCAAACAGCAAAGGGAUUAGUUCGCCCUUUGUCUCAGUUAGUGUUGGCUAUAUUUGUUUCACUGAAUAUUGGUGUUAUUAAUGUCAGUAGCUUAUAUUGGAAAUAACCUCUAAUACAUCAGCUGGUUUAGCUGACAUUUGACUGAAGAACAGAAAAGGAGCGUUUGUUGGCCAGCGCAUGUGCAGUUGUCUGAUGCAUGCUGUCAGAAAUAAGGUUUUGAUAAUUCAUGGAUUAUGUCCUGAUGAUAAAUUUGAAAUGCAUGUAUCUGAAGAUGAAACUACCUCUGACGAUUUAAAACUACCGUGAAUAUACCGGAGCUAUUUCUGAAAUUUUAAUUACUAUUGCUUUUCUGAGUAUGCAUUCUGCUUUAUUAUCUGUGGAUCCCAGAUUGUUUCUUAGCCAAUGUCUGACAUGAACUAAUUUUAAAUUUUAUAAAGCUGAGGAAAAGAUUACGAGAUGGUUAACUGAAGGCUUUUGUUUUCAAUUAUGUGAUACACUUCUUCUUAAGCUUUAAAAAAGCUGUAAAAGCCCCAGUUCUGUAAAUCCCUUGCUAAAAACAAAAACAGCUCAGUAGCCUUCAUGAAAGCCUUGGCUGUGCCGACAUUCAGGUGUAAGACAGAGUUCCUGACCCAGCCACUGUACAGCACUCAGCUCUGCGUUUGGGAAAUGUCAUAACUUUCCCACAGGAUUUGCUUUAUAAGACAGAUGAAAACUAACCCCCGUGGCUGGCUCAGACAAGCUCAAAAGCGGCCCCCAGCCCCUCCCAGUGUCACUUCCACAUCCCUGUUUUGGGACACGGGAGCCCAUGUUGCAGUGUGUCCCAGUGUGAGCACUGCAGGCGUUGGCUCUCACUGAUGGGGAAGGCAAAGUGGGGUGCUCCAUGAGGUGGCCAUGUCAGUUCAGGCAGGGUUAAGUCUUCAGGAAGCACUGUAUGGACAACGACAAAUCUUCUGUUAUCGGCAGAAAGGGAAAGUGCUGCUAUAUGUUGUGUGCCAGCACGUAGUCGUGUAUCUGUGGCUGCUAUUGAUUCCUUCUUUCUUUAUUCCAUUGGAACAACCUGGAACUUGUCAAGCUUUGCUCGGGUUGAUUUGCAGCUAAUUAAUUCAACAGGCAUUUUUAGUCUUGCAAAUUUGCGACUUGUAAUACAGUAAUCAGACUCCCACGAGUGAAAAUUAAUCAGUGAGAGGGGGAAGAAAAGUGCUGCUAGCUGCAUGCAGUGCCGUGCCUGGCUGCAAAGGGACAUUCACAAGAAAUGCAACAUUAGUAAAUUCAUCCCAGCUAAACCCUCAUCAUUUGUCUUUUGAAUCAUUCAUCCUCUGGACUUGUUUGGCAGAGCCAGUGGUUGUGUUUGGUGGGGGGGGAGGGAUGCUGAGCUGAAGAAGCUCUAGGUGCUGCCAGUGUCCUUCUGGUCACCCAAUCACCUUACCAACCACAGAGUCAGCCCAUUUUCAUUUCUGAGAUGGCCAUGCUGGUGGUGGAGCGCUCUCCUGGAGAAACAGCUGUGUACCAAAACACAUAAACACGUUUAGCAACGGUAGGAGCCAGGUGAAUGAGCGAAGAAACAAUAUUCUUCAUUGCUUUUAGCUUACAGGUGGAGUUUGGCUUCUUUGAUGUGAAGCAGAAGGGAAAAAAACUGAACGUUUGCCCAGGGUGUACAUGUCCAUGAGUCAACAACUGAUUGGUGUGUACUUUUUAUUAUGGAAGUGCACCCACUGGGACCCUCAGCAGGGAGGCCAGAGACCAAAAACUCUUGAAAGCUGGGAAGUAAAGGAUUCCUCUGGGCAGGAUCAAGAGGGUUUUGUGAAACUCUGUAAAAAUCUGCCCUGGUUGUUUCAAUGAAUAAGGGGAGGAGCAGAGUCUUAUCAGGGAAAAAAAAAAAAACACACAACCUUAACACCAAUACACUGUUUGUGGUGCAGUUACUCUCUUUGCAACUACAGACAUUAGCUGAGAACAUUCUAGAUCUGUUAUGAGCUCACUGGAACGUAGAGGGAGACAGCGUAAGCCACUUCAUAGAUAUACCUGCAUUGCUAUUGGCAGUUGUUUAUUAGCAAUAAGAUGCAGAGGUGUCUCAAAGAAGAGCAUACAAGCCAAGGAUUUGGUAUGGCUGUUGUGUCAAUGAUUGUUAAAUCUAGAAAUUGUAGAUCUUUGUAAUAGCUUGUAGGAAAAAAAAAUGACUUUUUAAUGCAUAUUUUUCUUUACAGAGGAUAAACCUCAGAUGGCUUCUCCACAAAAACAUAUCACUUGAAUUAGGCUCAUAAAGUGGGCUUUUCUUUAUAUGGAAUAGGAGAGGCUCGGUGUUGUUCAAGUGCUUUGUGAGCUUUUUCAUGCUCUCUGUUUCUCACGCAGUACACGUGAGAAUAAGCAAAUAGUAGAUUCAUAAGUCCAUCUUCCCUUAGUGCAGUUAGUCCUGGCAUCAUCUUGCUCAUCUAUGCAUCAGGAGCAUGUACCUGGGGCAGGGAGGUCAUCACUUGUAAACCAGAUGGAGAUCGGUAGAUGAUGGGGGGAAAAGCCUUAUUACAAUUGGGGAACAGUCGUGAAUCUGUGGAGCAGAUGAGCCCUUAUGGUAUUUCUUCAUGCUCAGGUAUUCGUCACUCAGCUCCUCGUGCACAUCACCGCUGAAGGACUUUUAACCAUAUUAUAAGUUAUCAAUUUUUGCUUCUUUAGAAGUGGAAACAGUAACACCCUGACUUGCAAUGGAAAUCACUGUGGAGGCGUCCAUAGCCUUCAUGCAUGAUCUGUAAGCGUAGCACAUCGUAACAGUUAUAUUUUCUUCAAACAUUCACUCAAACAAGUUUGCAGGAUGCAUUAGACAUUGUUAUGAUCUUUUUCCUUGCUUCCAUUUCCUUCCUGUGUUUAGAAGUGUCAGUGCAAUCCCCACUGCUGAGAGAAGAGAUGCCCAUAAUAACCUGGAAGUGAGUAUUACAGAAUCAUAGAAUCACAGAACGGCUUGGGUUGGAAGGGACCUUAAAGAUCAUCCCAACCUCCAUGUGUGCCAUGGACAGGGCUGCCACCCAACAGUUCAGGCUGCCCAGGGCCCCAACCUGGCCUCGGACAUCUCCAGGGAUGGGGCAUCCACAUAUCCUUUGUUUUGGAGGUGCUGGCAGAACAGCCACUAACCCGGGAUCCUCUGAAUCAGCAGGCAGAGAUCCCCUUGCAAGUUUGAUUUUUUAACUGAACUUCAGUUCCUUUAAAUCAAUUCCCAUUUAUUCUCAAAGGCAGAAACUCUCUUCUUCAUAAUUUGUUCUACACAAUGGGACAGAUAUUUUGCUGUCUAUUCUUUGAGUUGUGUGUUAUUCUAGCAAGUGAGCAUCACUGCAUUUUCCUGCAAGUGCCCUUCCAUGUAUAAGGCUGUCUCACCAGUGCAGGCUGGCUCUGCUCUUGUUCCCACACUCACUUACCUGCAUGUUUACACAAAUGCCAACUUAACAAGCAUUAUUUGUCAUGCUGCAGGUCCAUGCCAAACCCACAUGACUUCUGGAUUUGACCCAGGGCAUUAGCAAAUGGGAGAGUCAUCUUGUCAGUGCAAGCACUGGACACGGAACCCACUGAGAUGCAAUAAGCACAGUUCCUUAUCAUGCUGAUUUGACAGUAAUUUUGCAGGGUACAGCUGUGCUUUGAAAGUUUGUUCAGUUCUCUGCAGUCUUCUUUUAGUAAAAUAAUAAUAAUAAUAAUAUUAAUCAACAACAGCAAAAAGCCACACACACACACAUCCAAACCAACUUUCAUUGUUCUUCCUCAUUGCACACUGUUCUCAUGAAAUGUGCUGUGUGAGGAGCGUGCCACUUAAUUCACAUUGGAACAGCCCUUCCUCUGUACAUUUUCCAAAUGGAUUCCUACCAAAACUAUUAAUAAUAAACCCAGUAGUAAUUAAAAUGAACAUGUUCUCCAGUCAUUAUAGCAAAAUGUACACUCAAAUAAGGCUAGGUAAUAUGUGCAUGCUCCUACCUUUCGUCUCUUACGAUGCACAGCUCAAAGUUUCUUUUUCAGGUUGACUGGUGAAUUUGAUUGUUUGGGGAAAAUGUGUGCAUAAGUGUUUCUAGACCAUUAGUAAAACUGGUGAGCUUUCUAAAGCAAUUUCAUGUGAGACUGAUGAUCCUAAAAGACUCAGACUUACUGUGCUUGCAAAACAUUCUUGCAUGGUCUACAAAGAAAAAAAGACACUGUCAAAGAACUGAUUGAGAAAUUUUGCAUGGUGAACACACUGAUAAGUAAUACUUACACCAGCACUCUGGAAAGGAGCAUUUAUUGUACUGGGAUUUGCCUUGACUGUAGGCAGCUUAUAACCUUAAAGGGUUGCCUGAAGGAUCUCCAUAGCAAUGGAUGACUUUCUUUUGACCUUACUGGAGUCCGGUAAGCCCUGAGAGUAAGCAAGUGUCAUUUUGCUCUUAAAUUUCACAAUGCCUCUCCAGAUGAAAUUUAUUUUUAAGGAAUCUCUUUAGUCACUAUUUUACAGCAUACUUGAACUUUACUAUCAAGUGAACUGCCAGUCAUUGUGCAUCCAGUACUGAUUAGGCAAAGGAAAAUCUCUGGGGAAGGAACAUCAGUCUUUGUAUUGAAAAAAAUAGUCCUCUGGAAAUAAUAUAAAGCACUUCUGGGUCUUCCAUUUCUGUGAGUCACUGAAUGAGUAAAAGACACCUUCCUGGGUUCCAGAAUAAAUUUAAAUAUCUGUCUAAAUGUUCAGAAAACUUACUAAGAUAUUAAUAAUAUUUUAAUAUUUUCCAUGAAAAAAAAUCCUUCAAGUUACACAUUUCAACUUCAAGAAGAAUGCAUCUCUCUAUAUAAAUUCUAAGUCAGGGGGCUUUGGGGUAGCAAGGGAAAAAAUAGCAGUUUGAGGAGGUGAAAUUUUCACCUAAGCUCAGCAGAUCUCCUGCUGUCCCCAUCAGCCUGCUGCUCCAGCCCUCCCCAACACUUGCUUGUCACCAUUUCACUGCUGAAACCCUUGAAGAAGGAUCUGCGGUUUGGAUCUUGACCAACCUCAUCGCAGUCUGCAGCACUAGUGCACAGUGCAGGGACGCAGGAACCUCAGAGACAACAGGGUAGGAUCAGGCAGAGAAAGGUAUAUCCUUUUAUUCCAGUUUCUCUACUGGCACACCUGAAUGGGUGAUGGGGGCAAGGGCUGCUUCUUCGUGGGGCAGAUGCUGAGUGCUGAGACGUGGGCCUGGUGUUUGUAUCCUGCUCUUUGGAAAGGAAAGGCAGCAAAUAAAAUUUAGGAAGCAGUGAUGUUAGAUACCCACAGUGCCAAAGCACUGAACCAUCAAGCUGGAUUCCUAGCCCUUAGAGGUUGGUGCCAAGAAUGGAAACAAGUUUAUUAGCUGCUGCAAUGCAGUCCUCAAAGAUGCCUCUGCAGCUUUCUGUCCUUUGCAAAUCGGUAUGCAGAGGUAAAAACAAAGGAUUGCCUUUACUGCUGUUUCGCAGGAAGUAGAACAUUUUUAUAGCUGUUUCAGAGGUGUGCCUUUUAGCAUAGUUGGGUUUCACGAAGACCUGAAAUAUAUUUCUCUCCCUUACAAAAGUAGAUUUUUUUUUUCAUACAUUGCGUACAAGUCACAAAGCCUUGGCUUCUUUGAGAAACUGAGAUUCUCACAAUUCCACUCCUUCCCAUCUCCCCACCGCCUAUAAAAAAAAAAAAAAAAAGAAGAAGAAAAAUGAGCAGGAGACCCUGACAAACAUCUUGGGGAACGCUGCAGUAGCACACUGCCUCAAGAAAUCUUGCACCUCGGUGUUCAAGUUUUCCACUUAGUUCUGUGGUAAAAGCAGAAAAAAAUGGCAGGCCCUGAUGUGUAGGUUGUGCAAGGGUUACUGGCAAUUAGCAGCAGCUCUGCUCUGGCACUGUAGUUUGUAGGUUCAGCAUCAGCGAUUCCCCAUUUUGUCCUGCCACAACUGAAGUUGGGCAAAAUGACACAUCAAUUUGAAAAUCAUUGUCAAAAUAUGGGAAGCUUAGGAAUGUAACAUUAGGCAAAAGUAAAUAAGAGUUUCAGCAUUUCUUUAACAGGUCACAAAUACGAAAGGCAUAAAUACAUUGUUCUCUUCUCCUAAGUUAUGUGUAAACCACAUGCACACAUUUCAGAAGUACAAACCCUGCGUUUUCCCAGUCUAAUCACAAAGAAAAGAAAUUAAAAAAAAUCAAUAGGUUUGCAAUGGUCCCUGAGUGUGACUUUUUAGAGUUGGGUGCCAAGUGCAGAACUCAUGACUCCAAAUUGCAUGUAUCAGUGAUGUUGCAGGGAUCAGCAGUGGGGUCUGACAGCAGGGUGCAGAACAGCCAGCACAAUGCACAUUCACUAACAGGAUGAAUCGGGUGGUCACUACUGAGGAGGGGAACACAUCUCCAACUUUGGCAUCUUCUAAAAGUACUCUUAUUCAUGAAACUCCUUUCCAGACCCUGAAGUCUCCUCUUGUGCUUGCAUGCACAGAUUUUGCAUUUAGGUAGGGAGGAUUUAGGGGGAAAGCCAGGCCUGCCCUGUGUUAGGGCCAGAACUCCAGGCCCAAACCCGUCCUUAUCCUGAGUGGACUGAAGCCAACACUCCCUUGGGGAGUCUCCUGUCGGCAGGCAUGGGACACAGUUCCUCUUGCCAGAUGAGGAAAGGCCGCCAUGCUGCCUGAUGUGCAGCAGUGCUGGCUGAGGAAAGGGAGGCCCGGGAGAUAGGGCUCUGUGGUGCGAGGUUCAAGAAGAGAUAGGGCUCUGUGGUGCACAGAUCCAGACAUGGGAACACCCCGGACAUGCCCCCAACACAUCAGGUCCGCAUGAGACACAGGCAUGGGACUCAUGGGCCUGUGACUCCCACAUGGCCUCAGCAGAGGACGGGUGCAUAGAAGUCCACUCAAGCUGAGGUGGCGGUGUCUUUGGGAACAGGUAGCAGUGUGUCUUCAGGCAUUCGUGAUGUAUUUCUGCCCUUCAGGAGCUGCAGUCCCAGAGUUAGAUCAGAUCUCAACACCUGAUAAAAAGUAAAUGACUUCCUAAUGCUACAAAAAGCCUGUAAAAAAAAAAAAAGUGCACAUGCAGAUAGAUUCAAAUACUUGAAAGUCAAAUUCCAAUAGUGUAUUCUGUGUUCAUUCCUUUGUUACUAUUACUAUAGAAUCACUUUCUUCUUUUGGUCAGGAAUCAUGGAGUCUCCUGCUUAGCAUUAAGUUGUUGCAUGAUAUAGAAUCAGUUCCAAAUGGGUAGUUUUUUUACUGUGUAUGUCCUGGAUUUCGUUUUUCAGUUAUUUUUCAUAAGUACAUUUUACAUCUAACUACCUCAGCUGCCUUUUGUUUUGUUUUGGCGCAUAAAAAGUCAUGCACUUUCUAUAUUUGGGGAUUAGGGGGGAGGGGGAGUUCUUUCCAUUUUGAAUAACCAGGUUCAAAGCCAUGUUGAUCAAUUUAUAGAGGAGAACAGGAAGACAUAAUUAUUGACAGUUGUAGAACAUACAUUUUAUUUUUAGGUUCCGUUGGGGUAUAGUUUAAAAAAAAACACCAUAAGCUGCUUAUUAAUUUGCCUUAAAAAAUGUGUGCUCUUUCCUAUUCAAGUUGUGUUAUUCAACUCUUAUCUUGUACACAAUUUAUGUGAAAACAACAAACGUAACAGUUGGCAGAAAAACAGCAAAUUGAACAGAAUGGACCAAUAGUUUCUCAGUUCUCCGUUGUAAACUGUUGCAUUAUACACUGAUUGUGCUAAAAUAAUUGUUACUGUGCUUAUACUCCUUUGUCACCGUUGCGGAAAUAAAGUUAUGGAAGAUCACAUUUGUGUUUAUGGAGCAGUGUAGAUAUCCCCCCAGUACAAGCACAGUGACUUGAGGUGAAUGAUAAUCAUUGCAGAACUUGUGCUUUGACUUGUAAACAUUGUAAAAAUGUAUUUGGUAUUUUAUUUGAAAUGAAGAAUCAAAAUAGUUAUUAAAAAAAGAAUCUUCCUGUAAAUAUAUAUAUUCCGAUUCCAUGUAUACAAACAUUCCUUUAGAGUUCAGAUUGUGAAGAGUGUCUUUAUUGGCUAGAGACUGCUGUCUCCCUGGCAGAGGUUACAUGUGCUAUAGUAAAGAACACAGUGUGUGAAGUAUUUGAUGUACUGCAGUACCAUAGUUCUUUUGGUCUGUUAAGUAAGUUGCAAUUUGUGAUGAAAUGAAGUUGAAAGUAGUGCUUCAUACUAACAAAUUUCCUUGGUUACAACUUGAUUUUUCUUGUAAAACUUAAAAGGAAAACUUGAAAAUUUUAUAUAUUUGGAUUUUGUAGAUUUUUUUUAUUUUAUUGCAACACAAGGUACCAAAAUCAUUAAAUAAAGUACACUGUGGUCAUUUUA